UUUAAGACCUUCGUUCACAAAAUCAUUUACCUAAUUUUCAGUAUGCACUGUAACAAUAUACAAUCCUUUAUUUUAUUUUUCCAAAAAAAAAAAAACACCUUUGACUAACAAGAAGAAAUUGUGCGCAAACAUGGAGGGAAAAUGCGAAGCGAAGGUACAAAGAGAAAAACAAUCUUACCCAUCCGACUACCUUCCAGAGUAGGCUGAUACCUGAGUACAUACAACCACCAAUAAGCCACAAUAAAGCAAAGCACCAGACCUUAAAAACCAAAUAUCCCAAAUCUCUCUCUCCUUCUCGUUAUAAGACUAAAACCCCAAUGAUACCCAAAAUUUUGAACGCCAUGGCCAUGACCUUCCACCCUUAUAUCUCGACAUUGCAAUACGACGCCGUUGGGCUUUAGGAUUCCCUUCUCUCUGCUGCAUUGUGGGCAAGGGUCUUGAUUUUAGGGUAUUCUGAGAUCCUGCUGAGUAGCUUGGCGGUUGAACUUUCUUUGGCCAAAGUGAAACCAAUGGGGCUUGUUUUCUUGUUUUGCUUUUGCAUGAUCCCAGUUGAAGUGAUUUUGUGAGCCCAAAAUAAUAAGAGGAAACUUUUUGAAGCUAGGGUUUUGUAAGAGAUGGGAGGGGGCGUAGGAUCUGGACUUUUGCAGGUGAAAUCUGGGGAAGAUAAGGUUUUACCGAGCGAAGAGGUUGAGGAAAAUAAAGGGGAUGAUUUGAAGCUAAGGGUUUUUGAUUUGAAUGACGAGCCGUUAGUUUCUUCCUUGAAAGAGAUUGAAAUUGAGAGGAAAGAGAAGGAGAUUGAAGAAUGUAGGGAAGAUGGUGAGGUGGGAAAUCUAAAAGUUGGUGAAUUGAAUGAGAAUGAGAGGAAAAAGGGUUGGGUGGAGGAUAAUGAAGAUAAUAAAGAAGAUGUUAGUGUGAAGAACAAGGUCAAGGAGGAAGGCUUAGAAGGUAAAGUGCAGUUCUAUGGCAGGGUUUUGCGGUCAAGGUUUGCGGUGAAAAAUGGGAGUGAGAAUGAAGAUGAUAAGGUUGAGAAUGGAAUUGAUAAAACUGAAGAUAGCAAUGGUUGUGAGAAGAAAACAGAUGAGGUGGUUAAGGAAGAGAAUGAUCACUCUCAUGGGGAAGCAAAGGAGGAGCAGAGAAAACCUGGGAGGAGACCCGGAAUGAACUGCAGUGAUGGGGAUGAAAAGAAAGCUGUUAGUGUAGAAAGAGGACAGAGCAAUUGCUCUGAUGGUGGUAAGGUGGGUAAGAUGGCAAAGCGUAAGCGUGGGAGACCACCCAAGUUUCAGGGGAAUAAUCGGUUUGAGAAGAAGACAGUUGAGCUGCAAGUGGGAGAGAAUGAUUACCCAGAUUGUGAAGUAAGGAAGGAGUUCAAGCGGAAGCGUGGGAGACCACCCAAGCUGCUGACAAAUGGUGGGAAUAGUGGAAAGAAAGCAGGUAAGAUGGAAGCAGGAGAGAUUGAUCACUUUGAUGGUGAUGUGAGAAAGGAGUCAAAGCGUAAGCGUGGUAGACCACCAAAGGUGCAGGGGAAUAGUGGGUUUGAGAAGACAGCAGUUAAGGUGGAAGUAGGAGAGAGUGAUCAGUCUGAUGGUGGUGGCAGUAAGAAGUCAAAGCAUAAACGUGGCAGACCAACCAAGGUGCACAGGAAUCAAGGGUUUGAGAAGAAAGCAGAUGAGGUUAAAGCGAGAGAGAGUUAUCACUCUGAUGUUGAGGCAGGGAAGGAGGCAAACCGUAAGCAUGGAAUACCACCCAGGAUGCACGGCAAUGAUGGGUUAGAGAUGAAGGCUGUUAUGAUGGAAACGGGAGAGGGUGAUCACUUUUAUUGUGAGUUAAGGAAGGAAGUGAAGCAUAAGCGUGGCAGACCACCCAAAAUGCAGGAAAGUGAUGGUUUAGUGAAGAAAUGGGUUGAGUUGAAAAGGGAAGGGAGCGAUCAAAAUAAUAGCAAGGUAAGGGAAGGUGUGAUCCGUAAGCGUGGAAGACCACCCAAGCUUCAGGUUGGUAACAAGGCUUUGAAGGGGAAGCUUAUUGAUGGGAGAAAAAAGCUGGGUGGUUUAAGAAUGGGCAGAAAGAAGUUGAGGGGGAGUUUGAAGUUUAAUGUGCCAGCUAAUACUUCAUAUUCAGAGAAGAGACCGACUGGUAAAGAAUCAAAUGUCAAGAGGUUUGUAUGUGCUAAUAGGGUUAGGUUUGAUGAUAUAGAAAAGAACAACAGCAAGGCUUCGCCAACGAUGAGACCUAAGUUUGUGAAUGUGAAAGGCAAAGAAAAGAGAGUUAAGAAAGCGAGAAGGUCAGAAGCAAAAAGGGCUGUGAGAGAUCGAAUAGUGAAACUGCUGAUAGCAGCAGGUUGGAGAAUUGAUUACAGGCCUAGGAAUAAAAAACAGUACAAUGAUGCAGUGUAUGUUAAUCCUGAAGGAAAGACUCAUUGGUCAGUUACCUUGGCUUACAGGAGGCUUAAAAACUAUUAUGAGAGUGGUGAUUGUGACUCUAAGGUUAGUCCAAAUGGUUUUAUAUUUACUCCAAUUCCGGAAGAGGAACUUAGCAUCCUAACAAGAAUAGUUCGGAAGAAAAGGCUAGGAAAAAGGAAGCCAAAAGGGGAAAAUGAUACAGUGGAUGAUGGAGAAGUUGAAAAGAAAAUGAACAAACGAAAAAAGAAAAGGAAGGGCUAUGGGGACAAUGAAGAUGUAAAUAAAAAGAAAAAGCAGAAGCUGCUGAAAGAGAAACUUUUGCUUCAUGAAGAGGAAACUUCUGAUGGUACGUUACAAAGGGGAAUGCAAGUUUCAGGCAGGAAGCUUAAGCUACAGCAGACACAAAAUAGAAAGCGGUAUGCUUUGUUGGUCCGCAACUCAAUGGAUGGAGCUGAAUCUGAUAAUGAUGGCUAUGUGCUAUAUGAUGGAAAGCGAACUGUGCUUACUUGGAUGAUUGAUUUGGGCACUGUUCCACAAGAUACAAAGGUGGAAUAUUUGAUCCAAAGAAGAACACGAACACGUGAGAUUAAGUCUGGUAAGAUAACCAGGGAUGGCAUCCAAUGCAACUGUUGUAGUGAUGUCUUCACCAUUGCAGAAUUUGAGACUCAUGCAGGGAGCAAACUCCAUCGGCCUUUUCAGAAUAUAUGUUUAGAAACAGGAAUUCCCCUCUUGCAAUGCUUGUUAGAUGCAUGGAACAAACAACAGCAAUCUAAAUGCAAGGGUUUCCAUUUUGUAGAUUUUGGUGGUGAAGAUCCAAAUGAUGAUACCUGUGGUAUCUGCGGCGAUGGUGGUGACUUGAUAUGUUGCGACAGUUGCCCAUCAACAUUCCAUCAAAGCUGCUUAGAUAUACAAGCAUUCCCUUCAGGUAACUGGAACUGUGUCUACUGUACAUGCAAAUAUUGUGGGGUGGUUGGAAAUACAGAUCAAAGCGACAAAGAUGAGGAUACUGAUCCUAUAUUACUUACAUGUCAUUUGUGUGAAGAAAAAUAUCAUCAACCAUGUAUUCAGCCAAUGGAUGCUUUUGAUGAUGAUUCUAGUAGUGCAUCCUUUUGUGGGAAGAGAUGCAAAGAGUUGUUUGAGAGACUUCAGAUGCUAGUUGGGGUUAAACAUGAACUGCCAGAAGGCUUCUCAUGGUCUCUUGUUCACCGCUUUGAUAUCAGUUCAGAUGUUUGUCUCAGUGAAGUGUAUCAGAAGGUUGAAUCAAAUUCAAAGCUAGCUGUUGCAUUAUCUGUGAUGGAUGAGUGCUUUUUGCCUCUUGUUGACCACAGAAGUGGGAUCAAUCUGAUUCAUAAUGUUGUCUAUAAUUUUGGGUCAAACUUCACUAGGCUAAACUACAGCGGUUUUUUCACUGCAAUUCUAGAAAGAGGGGAUGAGAUUAUCUCCGCAGCAUCCAUCAGGAUCCAUGGAAACCAGUUAGCUGAGAUGCCUUUCAUUGGAACCCGGUAUACUUAUAGGCGUCAAGGGAUGUGUCGCCGGCUUCUUUGCGCAGUUGAAUCGGCUCUCAGCUCUCUGAAUGUUGAGAAACUGGUCAUACCUGCAAUCUCAGAACUCAGGGAAACAUGGACUUCUGUCUUUGGUUUCCAGCCUCUAGAAACUGCAAGCAAGCAGAAGAUGAGGAACAUGAGUAUGCUGGUCUUUCCUGGUAUAGAUAUGUUACAGAAACCAUUGCUGACACAUGUUAAAGAGAACCAGAAAAUGGUUGAUGGGUCCAAUAAAUCUGGGGAGAGGUGCUCACUUGUGUUUGAUUUGAAUGUUUCUGCUGAGAGUCCUGCACCUCAAACAGAUGAGAGAAACGAUGAACCUAUUGAAUCAACGUCACUGCUUCCUGAUGGCACCUUGAAAUAUACAUCUGAUGUAACGAAUGAGACCAUCAAUCUUCCAGAGUCUGCUACUGUUUCUUGUUCGUGCAUUCCAGUACCUGAAGAAAGGAAACUGGAUUUUGACUCUCAAUUAAGCAUAUCUUCUGAGGAGAAAAUUGAUGAAAGCUUUGUUGAACAGAACCUUGAUUCUAAGCAUGAGGCUUCUGUCAAACACUCUGACGAUAUUGUUGGUGAUGAAAAUAAAGUAGCAGUUCUUGUUCAUGUGUCAAAGGUUGCUGGUAAGAAAGUUGUUACUAAUGGUUUUGAUGGUACAAUUCAGAUGUCUGAGGAUGCAAAUGACAUCAAGCAUCACGAAAAUUCAAAAUUACAGGUGGUAGAAUGCGUUUCUGAUUUUGAUGGGAUGGUCCUUAGGAUGGAAGAAGAAAAAAAAUUCCAUGCUAUUGCCAAAGAUCUGGCCAACCAAACUUCACCAUCAGCUCUUCCAAGUGCUCAAGAUGUUGCAAAUGGCUGUUAUGAUGUUGCAUCCAGACAGUAAAAAUAGUUCUUCCCAAACGGGGUGACAGGAUUGGUGCAUCUGGUGAAGUCCCGGCUCCACUCGCUGUAAAUUUUUAUACUUAUUAUGAGGUUUAUAAAGAUAGAUCCUAAAAAGAAAACUUGCAGCUGUGCAUGCUCGUGUCCUCAGAGGUUGUCUCAGCUUGUUCCGAGGUUGCUGUGACCAACGCCUAUUAUCAGAGAGAAACAUUAACUGCUAAAAAGUCUGAUUUCUCUGAAGGUAAUUUAGUUACUAAUAUGGCUCAGAAGAAUGCCAAACCUGAGCACCCUGUAUCAAGUUCUCUGGUCAACUGUGAUUCUGAAUCAUUUUGCAACUCAAAUUUUAACUUUUGGAGUGGCACUUCAUUUUGCAUCUGUUGGAGGUGAAUCACAUGGAUCCGAGGUGAUAGUUUUGUCUAACCAAUUAGCUAGCUAAUCUCUUUUUCCUUUGUUUCCGGUUGAGAUAAGGUGUCUUUCUGAUGGCAGCAACUAAUUAAGGUGCUAGACUUUCUGUAGGCUUACUCAUGUUCGUCUAUUAUGGAAGAAUUAACAUUUGGAACUGGGAUGCUAGCUAUGGCAAGCUUUAGGUUGGUACUUUAAUUUCUCAUGCUGUGUACAGUAUAGGCCAAUAGUGUUCUCUUGAGUAGCAUAACGCCAUCGUGGUUUUUGUCCUUCCCAUGCGUUUUGUAAAUGGAAAUUUCAACGCUGAGCUAUCCUAAUAGUUUCUUUUUCUAUUUUUUCAAUAGAAGUUUUUUUCUCCAACUAAUACAGUAAACAUGGCAUUUGCAAUUUGCAAUUUUCCCCUGCCCCUUAGCAUAAAACGCCUUUAAAAGCAUCAUGACUUGAUAGUAGAUCUAAUUAAUUGACUCUGAAAACUUAAAAAUUAUUUGUAGAAUCUAUGAAAGCAAUAAGAGAAGAAUUUUAUUGAGAUUCAAAAAUAUUCGAAAAACUAGUGUUAAAAAGGUAGCCUCGAGAACUACCUGGCAACAGAAAAAUUGUUGGUAUCUUUGCGGUAAACCUCUUGAACAUUUCCUAACCCCUGUUUCUAAUUUUUCCCGGUGCCCUGAUCUGCUCCCUAGCCGCGGUUAGUGUCUAAAAAUUAGCAACUUUACCUUUGUAUUUGUAUUGUCGAUUUGAUUAGUUUUUGUGUUUGAAUAUAAAUUCUGUUUGCUCUGACUCCUAUCAAAAAAGGGCUUGGUUUCCGUUCCACCAACAUUUUUUGCAAGAAAGCAGACGUCCACAAGAACAAGAGGCCUGCUCCCCUCCCCUUUUCACUCUCCGUACUAUUCUGUUUCUUAAUCCUCUGUUUCGUCAAUUACAAAUUUUAUCUUGUCUUUGCCUACCUUGUUUAGUAUGAUGAAGAAAGCAUUAUACUAGGAAAUUAUAUUACAUUUUAUACGAGGAAAUUAUAUUGCAUUUGUGUUUGAUCAACUUAUUUUUUUUAUAUUUAAAAUUAAAAUUUUAAUAUUUCACUAAUAAAUCACGUGAGCUUUCGGAUUUCUAUUGGCAUCUCUAGAACUUUAACAAAUUUGAUGGGUUUGUCAAACACAAACUUGUGCCACUAACCUCCCCUACUUUCUUCAGGGAGUAGAUUAACCUUAGCUUUGAUGCAAUGCAUUGUUAAAGAAAUCACAAAGUCAGAUAUAGGUUAACAAAAACCAACUACCAUUUAAAACAUUAUUUGCUGUGCUUGACAACUAAAACAAUAACUAUAGCUAGACUCUUUCUUUCUCUCUCUCAAGACUUCCCUAUCCCUUGGGUGUGACGUACAUGACACAAACAUGUGAUCACUCAACUCAUUAAUUCUAAACUCUAAUCUGUGGUGCAAGAUGGACCAAUGUACGGUAAUCCAGCAUCGUUCCAACAUUUAAUCAUGUAGACAAUUAUAUAUGAAACACUCGCUUAGAAAAAUAUAAAUCAAUCAUAGCUGCAGUGCUAGUACAAGUCAUCAUCUACACAUUUCCGUUAACCUUGCACGGUAACUUAUUCUCAUGUCCUUAACAAGAGGAAAAAAAAAAGAAAAAGAAAAAAAUAAUUAAGGACAAAUUCAAGAUUCCCUGAUCCUGUCUGUUUUCAUGGAAAUUGUUUACUGAUUCCAAUUUGGUUUAAUUUUAACACGGAAAUUGUCUACAAUAUUUUAAGGAUUCUUAGGGAACUUAUUAAAUGAUGAACUUUUUUGGCUUCAUCUCAAUCACAAUGGUAGAAAACAAAAAAAAUCUCUGCCUAAAAUUUACCUGUUGUUUAAUCUGUCCAUCGCUAUCCAUUUAUGACUUUGUGUAUAAGGCUAGGGUCACUGAUUCCAAGCUCACAUGGAAUUCGAGGUUUUUUAAUCUUAUAAUGUUUCUCUCACUUAACUCGAAAGAAACGACGGGGCGUGCAUAGAAAAGACAAAAGGCAUGUCUAAAUUUUAGAGGGGAACAGUAAUAAAAUAAAAGGAUGCCAACAGGAAAUAAGCAAGAAAUAAAGGGACAGUGGCAAUGAAAAUAAAAAUAUUGGAAUAAAUAAUGCCGAGUUUGCCGACUAACCUUACAAUUUCUUUGCGUACACAUAAUCUGUAAUGACAAACAAUGCAAGAUUGAUAACUAUAUCUUUUUCCUUCGUGAUUUUACCUUUUAACUUUUUUUUUCUCUCUUAUUCUCCGUUCAAUUAUAGUAAUUUGGUUUUGAUAAUUUUUAUAUGAAUCUAUACAUUCUCAUCCCCUUAUUUUCUUUGUUACUACCAUUUUUUUUUACGUUUGUUACAUUUCUUGCCCAUGUUUCAUUUCAUCAAAUUUUGAAAGUCAGAAACAGAAGUUUUUUUGCGAGGGAGAGAGACAGCCAUUUCUGAAACUUUUUUCAGUACAAACAAAGAUAAGCAACUUGUUUGCAUUAGAAAUUAUACUACAGAUA